AUGCUCUGCCAGUACCCCGAUCCCCGUAUCCGGUCACAACCGAUCCGACACAGUCCCAGAUCGUGGCUCUACCUUUCAUAUGCCCAGUUUGCGGCCGUGCCCAUGACUCCAAAAUCAAACUCACACCACGAUACUGCGGAUGGAUAUCUCUGGGCUGGGAAGCUGGCUGUUUAUGCCAAGGAGAUGCGGGAGGCCGUGGAUUUCCAGCCCACCGGGGAUCUCUCUCCAGACAGAACCAUCCACGUGCACGCGUCGAACGAGCCGGCUCGGACCGAGUUUAACUACAAGUACAAUGACGCAAAGGAGACAACUGUCACCCAGAAGCUGGCAGAGAGCUGCUUCAACAUCAUCUAUGACGAUAUGCCACUGCCCGGAUGGUGGCCGUGGCCUGAGAAGUACAGUAAUGGGGCCGGGACCGGCGACGAGUACAAGUCUGGAAACGUCGGCGGUGGAGGCAGCUUGAUAUAAGUGUAGUAGCUGCCAUGACAAUCAAUGGACAUGGUGGCCAUUGUGAUCCUCGCG